UAUAUAUCAUAUAUAUAUCAUAUCUACAAAAUCUCUUUCCCCUCGCAUUUUACUUUCACUUUCAAAUCGAGGCGUGCGCAUUUUCUUCUAGCACGAAAUUAAGGUCGCCAGUCUACUAUGAACGAGGAGAGAGGAGAGGGGGGACCUCCUACCUCCGAAACCACUCAGUCUGAGGAUCAUGACCACCGGAGAACGGCUAAGAGAAGAGUCCAGCAGGAGAGAGCAGACUCCCCUGGACCAAGCUGUGUCUCCAUGAAGAGUGACUUGUCCAUGGAUAAACCUCUUAACUUUAAAGAUGGAAAUCAGUCUAUUGAGAAGAGAAGUGUCCAGCAUGAGAGAGCAGGCAGCCCUGAACCCAGGACUGGAAGAGUCCAGCAGGAGAGAGCAGACUCCCCUGGACCAAGCUGUGUCUCCAUGAAGAGUGACUUGUCCAUGGAUAAACCUCUUAACUUUAAAGAUGGAAAUCAGUCUAUUGAGAAGAGAAGAGUCCAGCAGGAGAGAGCAGACUCCCCUGGACCAAGCUGUGUCUCCAUGAAGAGUGACUUGUCCAUGGAUAAACCUCUUAACUUUAAAGAUGGAAAUCAGUCUAUUGAGAAGAGAAGUGUCCAGCAGGAGAGAGCAGACUCCCCUGGACCAAGCUGUGUCUCCAUGAAGAGUGACUUGUCCAUGGAUAAACCUCCUAACUUUAAAGAUGGAAAUCAGUCUAUUGAGAAGAGAAGUGUCCAGCAGGAGAGAGCAGACAGCCCCGGACCCAGGACUGGACAACACCAGAAGAGGUCAAAGGUUACCAGUGGUCCUUCUGAACAGCAUGAUGAAACAGAGCAGACCUCCAAGAGUGUUCUUCCUGCAGAACCUGCAGAACAUCCUGCUCUGGCUAGAUUCAAGAAUACUUUGAAGAUAAAGACCCAGCCUGUGUUUGAGGGAUUAGUUCAACCAGGAAAGCCAACACCUCUGAACAAGAUCUACACAGAGCUCUUUAUCAUAGAGGGAGGCAGUGGAGAGGUCAACAAGGAGCAUGAGGUCAGACUGAUUGAAAAAACGUACAGGAAACCAGCCAAAGAGGAAAAAACAAUCAAAUGUGAAGACCUCUUUAAACUCAUACAUGAACAAAAAAAACAGAAGAUCAGAACAAUAUUGACAAUUGGAGUUGCAGGGAUUGGUAAAACCAUCUUGACACAAAAGUUCACUCUGGACUGGGCUGAAGGCAAAUCCAACCACGACAUACACUUCACAUUUCCCUUACCAUUCAGAGAGCUGAAUUUAUUAAAAAAUAGAAAGUUCAGCUUGGUGGAACUACUUCAUCACCUCUUUAAUGACACCAAACAAGCAGGAAUCUGCCAAAACGACCAGCACCAAGUUGUCUUCAUUUUUCAUGCUCUGGAUGAGUGUCGACUUCCUCUGGACUUCAAGAACAACGAGAUCUUGACUGAUGUCACAAAGUCAACCUCGGUGGACGUGCUGCUGACAAACCUCAUCAGGGGCGACCUGCUUCCCUCCGCUCGUAUCUGGAUAACCACACGCCCGGCGGCAGCCAAUCAGAUCCCUGCUAACUGUGUUGACAUGGUGACAGAGGUGAGAGGGUUCACCGACCCACAGAAGGAGGAUUACUUCAGGAAGAGAUUCAGAGAGGAGAAGCUGGCCAGCACAAUCAUCUCCCACAUCAAGAAAUCACGAAGCCUCCACAUCAUGUGUCACAUCCCACUCUUCUGUUGGGUCACUGCUACAGUUGUGGAGGACUUCUUCAGAUCAUCCAGGAGAGGAGAAAGGAUACCCAAUACCCUGACUAAGAUGUAUAUCCACCUCCUGAGGGUGCAAUCCAUAAAAGGGGACAGGAAGUAUCAUUGGAGAAAAGAUCUGCAUUUAAAGAGUACUAGAGAGAUCAUUGUUAUUCUGGGAAAACUGGCUUUUUCCCAGCUGAAGAAAGGCAACCUGAUCUUCAACGAGGCAGACCUGGCCGAGUGUAGCAUUGCUGUCAAAGCAGCCUCAGUGUACUCAGGAGUGUUCACCCAGAUCUUUAAAGAGGAUUAUGAGCUGAACCAUGACAAGGUGUUCUCCUUUGUCCAUCUGAGCAUCCAGGAGUUUCUGGCUGCCCUUCAUGUCUUUCUGUCCUAUAUCAAAACUGGUGUCAAUCUGCUCUCAGAAAAACCACCAGCCUCUGAGGCAAAUGAUCUCCUGCUCCUCUGCCAGAGUGCUGUGGACCAGGCCUUACGGAGUGAGAACGGACACUUGGACUUGUUCCUCCGCUUCCUCCUGGGCCUCUCUCUGGAGACCAAUCAGAUUCUCGUACAAGGCCUGCUUGGACCGACAGGAAGCAUCCCAGAGACCAAUCAGGGAAUUGUCAGUUACAUUAAGGAGAAGAUAAGUGGAGAUCUUUCUCCAGAGAGAAGCAUUAAUCUGUUCUACUGUCUAAAUGAGCUGGGGGACUGUUCUCUAGUGGAGGAGAUCCAGCAGUACCUGAGAUCAGGAAGUCUCUCCGGAAAAUCUCUCUCCCCUUCUCAGUGGUCAGCUCUGGCCUUCAUCCUACUGUCAUCAGAGGUGGACGUGUUUGACCUGAAGGACUACUCUGCUUCAGAGGAGGGUCUUCUCAGGCUGCUGCCAGUGAUCAAAGCCUCCAAAACAUCUCUGCUGAAUGGCUAUCAUAUGUCCGAAAGAUUCUGUGAAGCUCUGGCUUCAGCUCUCAGCUCCAGCUCCUCCAGUCUGAGAGAACUGGACCUGAGUUCCAAUGAUCUGCAGGAUUCAGGAGUGAAGCUGCUCUCUGCUGGACUGGGGAGUCCACACUGUAGACUGGAAACUCUCAGACUGAAAGGCUGUCAUCUGUCCGGGAGAUGCUGUGAAGCUCUGGCCUCAGUUCUCAGCUCCAGCUCCUCCAGUCUGAUAGAGCUGGACCUGAGUAACAAUGAUCUGCAGGAUUCAGGAGUGAAGCUGCUCUCUGAUGGACUGGGGAGUCCACACUGUAGACUGGAAAGUCUAAGGCUGACUGGCUGUAAUCUGUCAGAGAAAUGCUGCAGAGCUCUAGCCUCAGUUCUCAGAUCCAACUCCUCCAGUCUGAGAGAGCUGGACCUGAGUACCAAUGAUCUGAAGGAUUCAGGAGUGAAGCUGCUCUCUGCUGGACUGAGGAGUCCACAGUGUACACUGGAAACUCUCGGGUUGUCUGGCUGCUUGGUCACACAGGGAGGCUGUGAUUCUCUGGCCAGGGCUCUGAGCUCUAACCCCUCCCACCUGAAAGCGCUAGACCUGAGCUACAAUUUUCCAGGAGAAUCAGGAUUCUCGCUGCUCUCUGCUGGCCGGGAGGAUCAAUCCUGGAAACUUGACAUUCUCAGAAAGAUGAACUGUGAAGAGGGAGUACUGAAACCAGCCCUACAGAAGUAUGCCUGUGAUCUCACACUGGACCCAAACACGGCCAACAGCCGACUUUCUCUGUCUGGGCACAGAGAGGCGACGCUUGUUGAAGAGUAUCCUGAUCACCCAAAGAGAUCUGAUACCUUGAGACAGGUGUUGUGUAGAGAGGUUCUGACUGGCCGCAGUUACUGGGAGGUAGUUUGCAAAGGAGGUGUUUCGAUAGUUGUGACCCACAGAGGAAGAAUCACCAGGAGCCGAGAGGGCUAUGACAACAGGCUUGGAUCCAACAACAAGUCCUGGAGUCUUGAAUGUCAUGGUGAUCGUUACUGUGCCUAUUACAACGGUAGAAAAACAGACAAACGUCUCCUGCCCGCUGGCUCUAAGAAAGUAGGAGUGUAUCUGAACCGGCCUGCUGGCACUCUGUCCUUCUACAGAGUGUCCCCAGGUGUUGAUGGGUCUAAAGACACACUGACACACAUCCACACCUUCGAGUCCACAUUCACCCAGGACCUCUACGCUGGGUUUGAUUUAUUGUGCACUGGUUCCUCAGUGACCCUAUGUAAGCUGUAGUAACACACACAGAUUCUCCUAGCUGUGUUAAAGUGUCCCUGAGCACUUAACCCUAACUGCUAACUUUGGAUAAAAGCUAUUACCGUUAGGGAGGUAGACAGGAAGGCAGGCAGCAUUAUAGCUAUUCUGUAGGACUUUGUCUUUCUUUCUUAGAUUAUAUUGGCUAUCGACAAGCCACAGCUAACAGAGGGUUAGAUGUGCGGUUCAGCUGUUCUUUCCCAAACGCGGGGGGACCCAAACACAGAAGCAGACCAUGGGGGGAAGAGGAUUAGCCAGGGGUUUAUUGUAGGGGAAAUGGGGAAUGAGGACGGUAGGAAAGACCGGAGGUGGGAAGACCUGAGAUGGACAAUCAAGGACGGAUGACACAGCUGAGCUGAGUUGAGGGAGAUGGAGAGGCAGGAAGGCAGGUGGCGUUACAGGCAGGUAGAAGGAACGCCGGCAGCAUUACAGGCAGUGUUGGGAAAUUUCACUUUCUACGUGAACUAGUUCAAAGUUCAAAGUUCAGUUCACAAAUUUUAAAAUGAACUAGUUCAGUUGAACGUUCAUAAUUCAACAUUUUGAACUAAGUUCACAGUUCCAAAAAAUGAAGUAGUUCAUAGUUCUUUCUUUCAAUAUGUUGCUGUGAGAUAUUAUUUUUUUCCGGUAUUUUGAUCACUUUGUGGUUUGUAUAGGAUGAAAUAGAGUUGUUGAAUCGUAGCGAAAUACAUUUUCUAUCGUGUUUUAUUGCACAUUUAGCGCAUUUUGUAAACCCCAUUGAUUUCUGUUGGGAGACUCAUUGUUUGUUGGCCGGAAACGGAAAGGGGGGGUGUUCACAUUUGGUGUUAGUCUUUUCGCUCGGUUCUAGCCCUACUGUUGAGUCGGAGAACCGAGCGAAAAGACUACAACCAAACGUAAACAGCCCCCCUUUCCGUUUCUGGCCAACAAGCAAUGAUUCUAGGAGGCAUUCUAGUCCACUGAGCUAUGAGCCAGAGAGCUAACGUAAUGGAUUGUACAUAAUUAUAAUUCCAAAUUCGUCUCAGCCUUUAUACCACAGAUACUUUAGGGUAUAUAGCAUAUAACCGCGUUGUCUGAUUACAGUUUAAUUCAUUUUUCACAAUUAACAGCUCUCGUUUUGAAGAAUAAUCACCGCACCAUUUGUUUCAAUGGGAAUCAGGACGGUCCGUACUUUCAACAUAAAGUGUACAUAUUUAUAAUUUGAAAUUCGUCCCAGCCUUUAUACCACAGAUACUAUAGGGCAGACACAUCCGGCCCCUUGGCCGUUUCUAACAAGCCCGCGUGAGGUCUGUGUGGCGUUCACAAUCAAAUGUAAAUAAUUGUAUAAAAAAAAUAAAUUCAACUGCUUUUAUUAUGGAGGCGACUUUUGUUGCUUUUUUUGUGCGCACGUAUGCAGCUUCUUAUUCUCUGGUUGCAAGUCGCAACUAAAAAUAAGUAGAAGAAGAACCCCGUCCACGAGCUGGCCACAAACUGAACUCACAGGAGACUUUAGCGCUGACGUGAAUGGCUGUUAUUGCUGAAAAAUGUCAGCUCAUGCGAAAAAAGAAAGGUUGAUACAGAGUGCCGAGUUUUUAAACAAACAUGGACUUCUAAGUAGUGUUUCACUGAAGUCAAAUGUAAAUCCGUGUGGUUAGAUUAUGGAGAACAGGUCGCUGUGUUAAAGGAUUAUAAUUUGAAUCGCCACUACAAUACUAAACAUGCUGAGAAAUACGGCAACUUGACAGAUGCAGAUCGGGCACGGACAUCUGAAGCUUUGCUAGCUAAGCUGCAAAAGCAACAAGGCCAUUUUACCAAGUGUUGUAUAUCCAGGGAUGCAGCAGCCAAGACCCGCUUUGUCAUGUCCCACAAAAUCCCACAAAAGUAGCAAGUAAGCCAUUUUCUGAAGGGGAAAGAGUGUUUGGUGGAUUCUGCUGCGCUAAUAUGCCCAGAGAAAGGUAGGUCGAUCCAAAAAGGAUCGACCUACCUUUCUCUGGUGAAAUGUGAACAAACAAAUCAGGAUGUUCUUUCACUGAUGAUCACCCGUCAGCUGUCCUGCGCAUAUCCCCCUCAAACAUUCAACCUGAUUUCAGUGCACUUGUUCAAGCCAAGCACAAAGCAAAUGAAAUAGUGAUAGCACUUUAUAAAGUUCAUUCAAUGCUAUUCUUUGAAAAAUUGUAAAAACAUGCACAUUUUUUCACAAUUGCUUUUGUGGAUGUUAGUUCAAUACUAACUAAUUUGUACCAUGUCUGCUUUAUUAUUUUCAUAUUCUUAUCAUAACAUUUACUCUUACCAGUCACAGCUUAUCAAAUACCCUACAUUUUACUUCUUUUUAUAAAGAGAUCAAAUUAAUAUUGAGCUGAAUUGAAUUUAGCCUAUUGGUCCGGCCCACCACAACAGUCUGUGUUUCUCAUGUGGCCCUUUGGGAAAAUCAAUUGCCCACCCCUGCUAUAGGGUCUAUAGCAUACAACCACAUUUUCUGAUUACAGUUUAAUGUAACAGUAAGCUGACAACACCGCAACUGCAAAUUAACCACACGGAGAUAACCAUGUCAACCAGUCAAACAAACGUUCUCAUCUGUGCGCGCAUCCGCCGUGUUGACAAACAAAUAACCCCCCUAUUGAACGAAGUUAAACCGAGUGAGCGUGCCGUUCACAGACACCAGAAUGAACGAGUUCACAGAAACGUUCAUCAGGCAGUAAUACAGUACUUUCAGUUCACGUUCGCCGAAAAUAUGAACGAGUUCAUGAACUAUCGUUCUAUCUAACGCAUUUAGGCACAACACUGGUUACAGGCAGGUAGACAGGAAGGCCGGCAGCUUUACAGGCAGGUAGACAGGAACGCUGGCAGAAUUACAGGCAGUGUUGGGAAAGUUCACCUUCUGCGUGGACUAGUUCAAAGUUCAAAGUUCAGUUCACAAAUUUUAAAAUGAACUAGUUCAGUUGAACGUUCAUAAUUCAACAUUUUAAACUAAGUUCACAGUUCCAAAAAAUUAACUAGUUCAUAGUUCCAAAAAAUUAACUAGUUCAUAGUUCUUUCUUUCAAUAUGUUGCUGUGAGACAUUAUUUUUUUCCGGUAUUUUGAACAUUGAGCCCACUUUGUGUUUUGUUUAGGAUGAAAUAGAGUGGUUGAAUCAAGCAUCGUAGCGAAAUACAGUUUCUAUCGCAUUUUGUAAACCCCAUUGAUUUCUGUUGGUUGACACAUUGUUCGUUGGCCUGAAACGGAAAAGGGGGGUCUUCACAUUUGGUUGUAGUCUUUUCGCUCGGUUCUAGCCCCACUGUUGAGUCGGAGAACCGAGCGAAUUGACGACAAACAGCCCCCCUUUCCGUUUACGGCCAACAAGCAAUGAUUCUAGGAGGUAUUUUAGUCCGCUGAGCUAUGAGCUUGAGAGCUAACGUUAUGGAUUGUACAUAAUUAUGAUUCGAAAUUCGUCUCAGCCUUUAUACCACAGAUAAUAGGGUCUACUCUACAGCAUAUAACCGCGUUGUCUGAUUACAGUUUAAUUCCUUUUUCACAAUUCAACAGCUCUCGUUUUGAAGAAUAAUCACUGCGUCAUUCGUUUCAAUGGGAAUCGGGACGGUCUAUACUUUCAACAUAAAUUGUACAUAUUUAUAAUUUUAAAUUCGUCCCAGCCUUCAUACCACAGAUACUAUAGGUCUAUAGCAUAUAACCCCAUUUUCUGAUUACAGUUUAAUGUAACAGUAAGCUGACAACACCGCAACUGCAAAUUAACCACACAGAUAACCAUGGCAACCGGUCAAACAAAUGUUCUCAUUCUGCGCACGCAUCCGCCCUGUUGAUAAACAAAUAACCCCCCUAUUGAACGAAGUUAAACCGAGUGAGCAUUCCGUUCACAGACACCAGAAUGAACGAGUUCACAGCAACGGUCAUCAGGCAGUAAUACAGUACGUUCAGUUCACAUUCGCCGAAAAUAUGAACGAGUUCAUGAACUAUCGUUCAAUGAACGCGUUCAGGCACAACACUGGUUACAGGCAGAUAGACAGGAAGGCCGGCAGUGUUACAGGCAGAUAGACGGGAACACAGGCAGAAUUACAGGCAGGUAGACAGGAACGCCGGCAGCGUUACAGGCAGGUAGGCGGGAACGCCGGCAGUGUUACAGGCAGGUAGAUGAGAACGCCGGCAGUGUUACAGGCAGGUUAGUCUGGCUGAACGGAAGUGGACAGCGUCUAUUGCCUAGCGUCGGAUUUGGCCGCGACUCCUCCCCUUCCGGUUGCUGGCGUUCCCGUAUUGUGCUCCCCCUCAAACUCUGAAACUAGGCAGCAUGGCGAGUUUUGAAGAGGACUUUGACGGCGCUGUAAAGUUGGCAUGUUUGGCUCUUUCCGUCGAAAAUUGCAAAGAACUGCAAAAGAUUUGCUAACAGCAUUUGCUGAGGAAGAAAGAUGUUCUAUUUUGCAUGGACACCGCUGCUGCUUCCCGGGCUUAGCCCCGCCCUAGACGAUUGUGAUUGGUUUAAAGAAAUAAAAACAGGCCCGCCCAGUUUCCCCACGGAUAGACGGCUCGAGGUAGCGUGGCUCCAGACCAUUCUACUUGCUGUAGUUUGGUCUGGCUUUGCGAGACUACAGGCAGGUAGACAGGAACGCCGGCAGCGUUACAGGCAGGUAGGCGGGAACGCCGGCAGUGUUACAGGCAGGUAGACAAGAACGCCGGCAGCGUUACAGGCAGGUAGACGGGAACGCCGGCAGUGUUACAGGAAGGUAGGCGGGAACGCCGGCAGUGUUACAGGCAGGUAGGCGGGAACGCCGGCAGCGUUACAGGCAGGUAGACGGGAACGCCGGCAGCGUUACAGGCAGGUAGGCGGGAACGCCGGCAGCGUUACAGGCAGGUAGGCGGGAACGCCGGCAGCGUUACAGGCAGGUAGACGGGAACGCCGGCAGCGUUACAGGCAGGUAGACGGGCAGAUGAACCAGAAGAAGGUAGGCAGGUAGGUAAGUGGUUGGAGAUCCUGGGGUGAAGAGAAAACCAUAUUAAACUCACGAAAAACAGGUAACAUGAAAUUAUAACUUGAAUACCUGAUUCCCAAAAAGCCGUGACUGGUAAUCUGCUAAUCACCUCCAUGAUAAUUUAGACCGCAUGAUCAAUGUUUUCAGUGCACUGCAUUACAAGUUACACUGCAGAACACUGUAUUCAGUUUAAAUGCUGUCUGUAAAGUUCUAGACACUAUAUAAAGCUAUAAAAGCCUUCCCUACCUGUCCCUUCACAUCAAUAUAAAUGAGGAUAUAAUGACCAAAUAAUCCAGUUUAAAUGUGCAGGACAACAUGUUCAAUAAACAUGGUUGCUUGUUGAUUAUUGUAUUAAUAUUUUAUGUUUAUGUUGUUUUUAAGUUCUAUCAAAUGUUUGUGUUCAAAUAUAAUGUAUCUAAUGAGUGUCACAGAUUGUUUGCAUGCAUGCUUCACCUUAGCAGCCUGUUAUUACAGGUAGAACUUUUUGAUAUAGGAGGAGGAGCCUUAAUAGGUCUUCUGUGAGGAAAGAUGUCUUAGCGUUGGCGGUAGAAAAAAAAAGACCACCUAUGCGAUAAAAACAUUGACAUUUUGUUUGAAGUGAGUGAUUCUUUUAAAAUGUAUCACACAGAUGGAUGGUACGUGACAUUUGGUGCCAACAAAUUAAAAAGUUAGUAUAAAUGUUAGUCUUGAGCCCUGCUGCCUGGGACAGCGACUACACAUCAUCCCAGAGUGAGUAUUUUCACUGGGUUCCUAGUCCUAGAUUAUCAUAUUUAGGUUAGGGAACGCUGGCAGGGUGGUUGAAGACAAUGUGAGGUAGAUUGGGAAAUUCCCUUUUCAGUAUAAUCAUUAUAAUCAUCCUAUUACACAGUAGUGUAAUAACUACGUAAUAAAGGUAUUCAGAAUGUCUGACGACUGAGUUGCUUACAAGAUAACGAUUUUCACUAUAUUACCAUUUUCACUAUAUUCCCCAUUGCUGUUUCUCUUAACCAAUAUAUAGGCCUAUCCUCUUUUUAAAUACCAAUAUAGGUUGACAGUAAGAAAGAAUGCUCCUGAAGACAGUGCAGUGUGCAGGUCUCAUGAGCCCCAACCCUAACACCUCCCGACGAGCUAGUGGUCGCCUUGCAUUGUUGACCCCCUCGUCAGUGCGUGAUGAUGAAUGUGUGAUUGAACCACUGAAGGCCACAUUGGAUGAAAAUAUCUUCUAAAUGCGCUAAAUGUAAAGGAAAAAUGUUGAAAGACAAUUUAUUGUAGAAGUUUGUUGUGCCAGGUGAGGCUGCUUCAGUCAUCCACACUGAACACCCUUUUUGAUUAUACUUUUUUAAUGAAAUGUAUUUGUUUCAGUCUAAUAUUGGGUCUAAUAUCAGGACUGAUUAUCUUACUAGUUUAUCAUUGUUUAGGAGCUGUUUUUUCCCGCCUGUGUACUCUGCCUUUGUCACUCCACCAUGUUAUGCUGCAUCAUGCACCUUCCUCGCCCCUUUCAGGGAAUAAUGGCCCUGGUUUAACAAGACCAGCUUGAAAACAUUUAUAUAUCUGUCUCAUAUUGUGUAUCAAUGUUUAAUCUAAUAAAAGGUUGGCAUGGGAAAA